UGAUCAAAGGCGAAUUUGCUGGGUUUCACGUAUCAAAUCACGCUUGAUAUUUUAUUAUUAAACAACCUGAAUUUCUACAACAAAAAUAUAAAUUACAAUUAUUGUUUUAACUAAUAAUGGCGCAGUUCGAUUUAACUAGGAUAAACUGUCAGUAUUUAGACAGACAUUUAACAUUUCCACUACUUGAAUUUUUAUGUGGGAAAGAGAUUUAUAAUCAAAAAGAACUACUAGAAUACAUAUUAGAAACAGUAAAUAAGACGAAUAUGAUUGAUUAUACUAUGGACACACGAAAACGUCUCAAUUUAAGUCAAGACAUGCCAGAAGAGCUUGUUCAACGAAAAGGAGAAGUGCUUGCAACCUUAAAGCAGUUGCAAAAUGAGGUUGCACCUAUUAUGAAGGCAACCGAUAUAUUGAAAAAUGGCGAAAGUAUGAAGGACUCAAAAACUUUUGUAAAUGCACUACAAAAAGAUUAUAACUUUAAAGUGGAACAUUUGGAGAGUGCUUAUAAAUUAGCUAAAUACUUGUAUGAAUGUGGUAACUACCAGGAAUCUACAUCAUAUUUGUACUUUUGUUUAAUCGUUAUGUCGCCUAAUGAUAAGAACUAUUUGAAUGUAUUAUGGGGUAAAUUAGCAGCAGAAAUACUGACCCUUAAUUGGAAUACUGCUCUUGAAGAUUUGACACGCUUACGAGACUACAUCGAUAACGCGAAUUUCUCUACAAUACAAGCAUUACAACAACGGACUUGGCUUAUACAUUGGUCGGUACUAGUAUUCUUCAAUCAUCCGAAAGGACGUGAUCUAAUUAUUGAAAUGUUUCUGUACAAGCCUUUAUAUUUGAACGCCAUUCAAACUAUGUGUCCACAUAUAAUGCGUUACUUGGCCACCGCAGUCGUCAUAAAUCGCACAAGACGUAACGCUUUGAAGGAUUUAAUAAAAGUCAUACAACAGGAAUCAUAUACUUAUCGGGAUCCAAUCACUGAAUUUCUUGAAUGCCUUUAUGUCAAUUUCGAUUUUGAAGGUGCACGUUUGAAAUUACACGAAUGCCAAACAGUUAUAUUUAAUGACUUUUUUAUUGUGGCUUGUCUAAAUGAAUUUGUCGAAGAUGCUCGCCUUAUGAUUUUCGAGACAUUCUGCCGUAUACAUCAAUGUAUCACCAUUAGCAUGUUGGCUGAUAAAUUAAAUAUGAAGCCCAGCGAAGCAGAAUGUUGGAUUGUAAAUUUAAUACGUAAUGCACGUCUCAACGCUAAAAUUGAUUCUAAACUAGGACAUGUUGUGAUGGGUACGCAACCAUUAAGUCCUUAUCAACAAUUGGUUGAAAAAAUUGACUCAUUAUCAAUGCGCUCAGAGCAUUUAGCUGGACUAAUUGAACGUAAAAGUAAGCAAAAGAAUCAGGAAUCUAUUGACUCGUGGAAAUAUUAUUAACUUUAUAUAAGCUUAUAAAUUUUGUUUAAAAAAAUUUGUAUAGAAAAAUAUUUAAAAACGUAAUGAUUCUUUUGCGCAAUUUUUUAUACUAUAUGAAGAUUUAUAAAGUUUUCAAAAUAAUUUUUAGAAUAAAUAACACCAUC